AGCUGGCCAUGGCCUCUGGGACUGGAGGGAGCUGGGGUGCUCACCCACCGCAGGGUGCAGCCCUGACGCCCUGGGCGCCCGUCCUGCAGCCCCUCCCGUGGGCAGUCCCACCAUCGCCCCCGCAGCCCAGCCGGGUGAAGGAAGACCUGCUGGAGCUGAUGAUGCUGCAGAACGCGCAGAUGAACCAGCUGCUCCUGAGUCGCCUGGUGGCAGCAGCGCUGAACCCCUGGCCAGCUGCCUCUGGCCCGCAGGUCUACCUGGAGGGUCCGACAGAGGAGGGUGAGGAAGAGGAGGAGCUGGAAGCCCUGGAGGCAGGGCCUUUGGUGCUCCAUCAUCACUACCUGCCCUGGCUGAUGCCGGCUCCAGGGCCUUUCCUUCCCCCUCCCCAGCCUCAGCCCCAGCUGCAGGAUGCAUCCAGGAUCCAGCAACUCUCUCCAGCCUCCGGGAAAAGGCGGGUGAGAGCUGUGCCCCCACCCCCACCCCCCAGUGCCACAGGGACUGUGGGUGCAGAUGUGCCUCCGGCUUCAGAUUACUAUGAUGCUGAGAGCCUGCCAUGAAGACAGACACUGGCCCAGGGACCCACGCUGGCUGGCAACAACCCUGGAUACCCAAGCACCCUUCUAGUGCUUGAAGCCACGCCUGGCAGCCAUUCUCCAGCCUCAACCCCACCCAGGCCUCCCCUCCCAGUGGAGUCAGUCUCCAUCCCGCUCAGAUCCUGGACCAGCCCGAUCUCUCCUCUGGGGGAAGAGCUCACUGGAGCACCGU